AUGGCACAGCCGUCCGGUGACGAGGCGGUCACUAGCACGAGCUUCUCGGGCACGACCAAGGGGCCCACGCCACACGAAACCAUCGCCAUCGCGUUUACCCACUCGCAGUACCCCACACCGUGUCAUGAUCAUACGGUCCCCGGUAGUACGCCAGGUCACCGUCUGCGUCGGCUGGGACGGCAGCAUCAGCCAGCCGACAUCCUGCACAACCACCUGAACCACGCGCUAGUUGCGCACAGCGGCGUCGUCACGACGGCAACGAGUAGCGGCGGCUACUAUCACUACCAUUGCAGUGAUCCGUGGGAAGGAAAUGCCGAUCACCCAGCACCGCCGGGCGGCAACUAUGUGCUGCACACGAAGAACGGCGGCAAGCGUCAUUUUGACGAGCCCAUGGGCUUCUUCAGCGAGCCGGUGUGGCAUCCGUCGAAGCGCGUGAUUCUGCCGCCGCAGGAGCACGAGCGGCUGCCAGCGGCGCAGCGACGCGGGCGCGGCGUGUACAACACAACCGACGGCUGGAUCCACCCAGACGCUGAGGAGGCGCAGGCACGGCGAGAGGAGGAGGCAGUGCGGCAGUACGCACGCGGUGGCAAGGCUCAGGUGGCCAGGCCACCUGAUCACACGCUGGAGGAGCUGAGCAUGUGGAUCAGGACGGGAAAAGGUAGUGACGUCGGUGCCGCCGGGCCGUCUUCCGAAGCGCAAGAGGCAACUCCCGUAGCGGCCACUGCGGUGGCUAACGGCCGCAAAGGGAAGCGGCACCUGCUGCCCCACCACAAGACGAACACGCCCAUGGUUUCAGCGGUAGCACCGUUCACAGGGCCGCCCCCGCCGAAAGUCCUCGCCGACUACAAUGACAGCCAGAUGCUGCCCGCCAUCGGUCAGGGGGUGGCGAUGCAACGCUGCACGGCGGCUGAGGCAGACGCCUUAGCACGGCGCCAACACGAGAAGCGCGUACAGCACAUGUUGCAGACCAUGAGAGCGGCGGCCGCCGAGUCAGAGACGCGAGCAGCAGACAUCCAAGCGGUGCGACAGUUGCCGAACUGGUAG